AUGGUUAUCCUCAUGGAUGACGAAGAUCGUGAAAAUGAAGGCGAUUUAGUCAUUGCUGCAACACACGUACGCCCUGAAGACAUCAACUUUAUGAUCACCCAUGCUCGUGGUCUUCGGCAAAUGGGAUUACCACUGGUAUUUCUGCCGCAGAACGUGCCCAUACCAUUCAAACUGCAGUUGCAGCACAUGCCAAACCUGCUGAUAUUGUACAACCUGGACAUAUCUUCCCAUUGA